AUGGGUUUUCCACGCCUGCCCGGCCAGCGCCAGUCUCCCUCCAAUGUCCGCAUCAAGACCAAGGCCAGCCGCGACAGAAUGGUGGACAAGGAGAAGCGAGCCGCCGCCACGCGACAGAGCCGGGAGGUGACGGACCAUCUCUUCGCCCCGAACCAGCACACAGAGACGGAGACGGAGAACGAGGACGAGCGACAGCCACAGCAGCAGCCGGGCGCCCUUCUAGAAGACGGCACGCGAGCAAAUCCCAGUCCCAGCAAGAAUUGGCUGCCGCCCAGCAAUGGCUUCACCUGGAACCAGAUCUUCUACAUCUUCAUACUGGACGGGCUGGGAGGCAUGAUCCUCUCUGGCGGCAUCAACUUCGCCAUAGCCUACGUCAUGUACACCGUUCCCGACCUUACUGGCAAGCCAAUCCGCCUCUUCGAGCUGCCAAACACCUUGGCGGGCGACGCAGCCGUCACCAUUAUCGUCCAGUGCCUCAUCACCUGGUUCAUCGAGUCCGCCCUCGUCGCCACGGACCUGGCCAAGCAGGGCGUCCAGCCCCUGUACCUCUGCGAGGCCCCCACCUCGCCCCUGCUCCGUUGGCUGUUCCUCCUGGACCAGCCGCAGCCGCCCAAGUUCUUCCCCAACCUGCUCCAGCAGGCCCUGAGAGGGUUCAUGAUGGCGUUCCCCAGCUUCAUCCUCUUCUGGCCCCUCUCCGUGGGCGUGCUGACCGAGCUGGGCGUCCCCAGCGGCGGCGACUACGUCUACGAGAAGAAGUGGGUGCCGCAGUUCUUCAAGCUGCUUCUGGGCGGGCUGCUCGGGCUAGUGUCGACGCCUGUCAUGGUCAUGUUCUGGCUGGUCAAGGCCGGGUGGGAGAGCAACUUUGUCCACGGGCGUCCCUGGGUCUGA